AUGCUCAGUGAUAACAGAGCCCAAAGCUCGUGGUCAGUGGUGUUUGGACUGGAGUUUGAACCUCUGCUUAAUAAUGGGAAUCACCCGCAAGCUCUCACGCGAGCCGUCCCAGUGCAGCGCAGGGGAAAGGUUUUACCCUAUGGCUUUGUUUUAAGCAACGGGGGCAUAAACUACAUUCAUAGGUGGUCCAGGAUCCUGACUCUCUGCUCCAUCGCUCAACUAAAAACGAAUCUCGGCAGUGUGUUUGGUGAGUCAGUGUCAGUGAUAGAGGGAGAUUCUCUCACUCUACACAGUGAAAUUACUGAACGUGAAGACAGCAGGAUAGUGUGGACAUUCGGCACUGAAACAUCUCCAAUAGUGAACAUCAAAACAAACAACCAAAUCUUUUCUAUAUUUAAUGUUCCUAAUGGGAGAUUCAGAGACAGACUGAAGCUGGACAAUCACACUGGAUCUCUGACCAUCACAAACAUUACAACUGAACAUGCUGGACUGUAUAAACUACAGAUAAUCGGACCAAGAAAAUCAUCAAAAAAAUUUAACGUUUCUGUCUAUGCUUGUCUGCCUGUUACUGUCAUCAGCAGUAACUCUUCACAAUGUUCACCAUCAUCAUCACAGCAGAAUUGUCCAUUGUUGUGUUCAGUGGUGAAUGUGAGUGAUGUGACUCUCUCCUGGUACAAAGGAAACAGUUUAUUGUCCAGCAUCAGUGUGUCUGAUCUCAGCAUCAGUCUCUCUCUACCUCUGGAGGUGGAAUAUCAGGAUAAAAACACCUACAGCUGUGUGAUCAACAAUCCCAUCAGCAACAAGACCACAGAUCUGAACAUCACUGAACUCUGUCACACAUGUGCAGAUCAGGGCCUACCCAUAUUGUACAUAUUGCUAAUUUCUGCUGCUGGAUCUCUAUUGAUUGUAGCUGCAGUCGGGAUCUUCUGCACUUACAAGAAAUAUAGAAAAACUGAUCAAGAAGGCAAGUGUUACGUACUGCUUUUAAAUCAGUCAGACACUAGGACAAUUUAGGAUACAGGAACU